AUGUAUAGGGGGGUAGAUCCUCUAGUGGUUGGACGUGUGAUAGCAGAUGUUUUGGACCCCUUCAACAGGUCCAUACCCCUUAGAGUUAUCCAUGGCAACAGAGACGUGAUUAAUGGUUGUGAGUUUAGACCCUCUCAGGUCGUUAGCCAGCCUAGGGUUGAGAUUGGAGGUGAUGAUUUUCGUAGCUUCUAUACUCUGGUGAUGGUAGACCCUGAUGCUCCAAGUCCCAGUAAUCCAAACCUUCGGGAAUAUUUGCACUGGUUGGUCACUGAUAUUCCAGCCACCACAGGAGCAUCAUUCGGCCAAGAAAUUGUGUGCUAUGAGAGUCCACGGCCAUCAAUGGGAAUCCACCGCUUCGUCUUUGCGCUUUUCCGACAGCUUGGGCGGCAGACAGUCUAUGCUCCGGGGUGGCGCCAGAACUUCAGCACCAGGGACUUUGCUGAACUUUACAAUUUAGGUUCGCCUGUUGCAGCAAUUUACUACAAUUGCCAGAGGGAAGGUGGAUCUGGAGGCAGAAGAUCGUCAUGA